AAUUAGAUAAAUAGGUGAAAGCCACAGACUAAGGAUGUAAACAGCUUGCUUAAUAGCUUCCAAAAUAAAUAGAAAUGUCUGAAAGAGAAUCAUAGUAGUUAGUGUAUUUUUUAUAUUAAUAGUAGCAAUAAUAGUAUAGCAUUUUUCUAGAAAUUACUGAAUUUACGAAUCUUUAACGAGUAAUGCAUUUUUAUACUACCUAAACGAUUUUCUCAUUUGAUUGUUGUUUAAUGAGGCUAUAAUUUUUAUGGAAAUUUCAUUUUGAUAACAACUUCCAUACAGUUAGUUCAAAGUAAUGAUGUUGAUGAAUUAAAAAGACCAAUUCAAACGUCUGUUAAAAUGAUUUACCUAAAAUGUCUAGUUGUUAUUAGCUCUUUAAUUCUGCCUGUAUUUUGCAAUAAUACCGUACCAGUUACGACUCUGGAACCAACUGAAGAUGGAAUUGGAACCGAUUCAAUUGACAUGACAACAGUUAUAGUCUCCACAAGCUAUAAUCCAACCGCUACCACUGAACUGCUUGACGGAUCUAAUGUUACUACAGAGCCAACUGUAGUUGAGAAUGAGAAUGUAACAUUCAGAUCAGUUAAUAAAACGACGUCAGCAAUAGUAAAGAGACGUGUUCUAAUAAUAAACAAACAAAUACUACGACAGAGUUCAAAGAAAAAAAGAAGAGGUAAGAAGAACCAAGAUCAAGACCCACGCCUAGCUACAGUCGAAAGUCUUCUUUAUGAAGAAUACGAUAAGGAUGGAGAAAAAAUUGUCGAAAUAAUGAUGAACAACAUGGAGGAUGUUUCGAAAUUCUUCCAGUCUUAUCUUCAUACACAGGUUUGUUAUGGCCAAUGCGAUCCCUAACUAUCCUAGAAGGGUGGCCACAACCGCUGGUUGAAUUCGGUUGUCCAAUGUACAAAUUGUAGUCUGAAAUUAAUAAAAGUAGUGCUUGUUCAA